AUGGAACUGCUUCCAUGCUGGUACCCACUGGUGUAUGAGCUGAGACGGAAGAAUCGAAGGCCAUCAAUACCUGACAACAACAAUAUGUUAGUAAUAAAGCAAUAUCUCUAUACAGGAACUCUAGGUGUAUGCAAUACAGGUGAGUUUUACUGUACACUUGACGGAUGCAUCCACGCAAGUUAUGUAUGUGACGGAACAAGGCACUGUUUGUAUGGCAAUGAUGAAACGGAAUGCGAUUCAGAUCAUGAAUUACCAGAAUUUGUUAGAUGUCCAAACGACAUAACUGUUAAUACAGACCCGGGAACGAAUUACACACAAGUCAGUUGGUGGCCACCGAAAGCAUACGAUAAUAGAGGUAUAAAGUAUAGGGGACAAACACAUUGGCCAGGUUGGGACUUUUACCUCGUCGAUGGUAAUUCCACAGUUCAUCAUGUACGGUACUCGGCAGUCGAUUAUUCGGGAAACACCGGUGAAUGUGUAUUCAGAGUAACUAUUAUUGAUGACGAGCCACCGAAACUAGAGUGUCCAAAGAACAUAUCUAACUUCUAUAACAUGGAAUACGGGUUUUUUCUGAUCUCCACUGACAAAGGAAGCCCAAAUGCCACAAUCACAUGGACGGAGGUUGCUACAGAUAACAGCGCAAUGCCGCAAGUCACAAGUUUUCCUUACAAAUCCGGUGAUGUAUUUCCGAUGAGACUUUUUCCGCCAUACGAAACUACAGUAAGAGCAGCAGACCCAACAGGUAACACAGAUGAAUGUAUUCUGCGGUUUGCUGUUGUUGAUAUUGAAAGUCCUGUUGUACAUUGCCCAACACGCUUUAACAGUUACAAUUAUGUUGUAAGAACAUCCACCUCCUCUUGGACAGUUUUUCCAGAUAGAGAUUCCACACCUGUUCAAUUAUAUUGGUCACCAGCAAGCGCCACCGAUAACAGUGGCACUGUAGUAUCUGUUUCAUCAAAUUACAACCCUGGUGACGUAUUUCCUGUCAAUAAUAUUGCCUAUCAGAUAACGUACACUGCAAUUGAUGAAGCUGGCAAUGUGGGAAAUUGCUCAUCCUUUAUAACAAUUAAAGCUGAGGAUGAUGAUGAAGGCGGUGACGAUGAAGACCGUGACGGUGGCAGUGGCAGUGGCAGCGGUGACGGUAUUGGUGAAGGAGUAUGUAAUUCAACAGAAUUUCAGUGUGAUAAUCAGAAUUGCAUUCCGAUUUCAUUGCAAUGUGAUGGUAACACGGAUUGCUCGGACGAGUCUGAUGAAAACAAUGAAAUAUGCAAACAUGAUAAUGAAUUACCAGAAUUUGUAAGAUGUCCAAACGACAUAAUGGCUAAUACAAACCCGGGAACAAAUUACAAACAAGUCAAUUGGAGGCAUCCAGAAGCAUACGAUAAUAAAGGUAUAAAGUAUAGGGGAGCAUCGCAUUGGCCAGGUUGGAACUAUUACCUCAUCGAUGGAAAUUCCACAGUUUACACUGUACGGUACUGGGCAGACGAUUUUUCUGGCAAUUCGGGUGAAUGUGUAUUCACAGUAACUGUCAUUGACAAUGAGCCACCGAAACAAGAUUGUCCAAAAAACAUAUCUAACUUCUAUAAGAUUGAAGACGGUUUUAUGCUGAUCUCCACUGACGAAGGAAGCCCGAAUGCCUCAAUCACAUGGAUGGAGGUUGCUACUGAUAAUAGCGGAAUUCCGCAAGUCACAAGUUUUCCGUACAAAUCCGGUGAUGUAUUUCCGAUGAGACGUUUACCGCCAUACGAAACUACAGUAAGAGCAUCAGACCCAACCGGUAAUACAGAUGAAUGUAUUCUACGGUUUGCUGUUGUUGACACUGAAAUCCCGGUUGUAACUUGCCCAACACAAUCGAACAACAUUAUUUCAAGAGAAUCUAACUCCUCUUGGACAGUGUUUCCAGAUAAAGGCUCCACAACUGUUAAAUUAUAUUGGUCACCAGCAAACGCCACCGACAACAGUGACACUGCAGUAACUCUUUCGUCGAAUUACAAACCUGGUGACGUAUUUCCGGUCAGUAAAAUACCUCAUCAGAUCACGUACACUGCAAUUGAUGAAGCUGGCAAUGUGGGAAAUUGCUCCUUCUUUAUGACAGUUAAAGGCCGUACCUACCAUGGCUGUUUCGAAGAUACCACCUGGACUUCAGCUGUUCCAAAAUACAAUAAUUUGACAAUAGAUUGGUGUAUACAACAUUGUUACAACUUAAGCUAUCCGUACGCCGGAUUGCAGGACGGUGUUUUUUGUCAGUGUAUGGGUGUAUAUUUAGAGUUUUAUCGAAAACCAGAACAUGAGUGCAGUACGGUUUGUAGUGGUAAACCACAAGAAAUAUGUGGCGGUGAUUGGCAUAAGUCCAUCUAUAACACAGAAAGAGUAUGUAAUUCUAUAGAGUAUCAGUGUGAUAAUCAGGAUUGCAUUCCAAUUUCAUUGCAAUGUGAUGGUAACACGGAUUGCUUGGACCAGUCUGAUGAAACAUCUAAAGCAUGCAUGAAAAAACCUUGUAGAGGUAAUCAGUUCGACUGUGGAAAAGGCAGAGUUUGUAUUCCAUUAAAAUUGUAUUGUGAUGGGAAUAAUGACUGUGAAGAUGGUAUCGAUGAAGCUAAUUGUGAUUACCCAAAAUUUAACGGAUGUCCAGACGACAUUUCUGUUGGUUCAAGCCAAGGACAAAAUUACACAGACGUCUGGUGGACAGAACCUGUUGCGUCCGAUAAUACAGCUAUUAGGACCAGAGAACAAUCACACUCACCAGGAAAUAGAUUCGAUAUUAUUGAUGGAAAUCCAACAAUGUAUACUGUGCGAUACUGGGCACAAGAUGUAUACCUGAGCGAAGGGCAAUGUCUCUUCAAUAUAACUGUCUUUCCUCGUACUUACCUAGGCUGUUUUAGAGACACCACCUGGACUUCAGAUGUUCCUAAAUACAAUAGUUUGACAAUAGAUUGGUGUAUACAACAUUGUCACGACUUAAGCUAUAAUUACGCUGGAUUGCAGUACGGUGUUUAUUGUCGGUGUAUAAGUGAACUCACCUACUAUUACAUUACUCACUCAUCUUCAUAUCAAAGAUCCGAACAUGAAUGUAAUAUGGAUUGUGGUGGUAACUCACGCGAAAUAUGCGGUGGUAGUUGGAGAAUGUCCGUAUAUACCACAGGUUAUCUACAACUUAACGGAUGUCCAGACGACUUAGCUGUUAUUACAGACCAAGGAACAAAUUACACAGAAGUGUGGUGGACAGAGCCAGAACCGUCAAGUUUAGCAACACAUACUAAGAAAAGUGAACAAUCACACUCGCCAGGACAUAGAUUUGAAACCAUAGAUGGAAAACCCACGGUUUAUACUGUGCGAUACUGGGUACAAGAUGUAUACCUGAGCGAAGCGCAAUGUCUGUUUAAUAUAACUGUCAUUCCCCGUAGGUCUACCUACCGUGGCUGUUUUAAUGCCUACACUUCAGCUGUUCCAAAAUACGAUUUGACAAUAGAUUGGUGUAUACAGCAUUGUUACGACUUUCGAUAUCUGUACGCUGAAUUGCAUGACGGUGUUUCAUGUGAGUGUAGGGAUGAACAUUUGGAGAUUUAUCGAAGAUCAGAGGUUGAUUGCAAUACAGUUUGUAGUGGUAACUCACUAGACAUAUGUGGCGGAAAUUUUCGAAAGUCCAUCUAUGCCACAGAAAGAGUAUGCAAUUCGAAAGAAUUUCAGUGUGAUAACCAGGAUUGCAUUCCGAUUUCAUUGCAAUGUGAUGAUACUACUGAUUGCUUCGAUAAGUCUGAUGAGAAAGUUGAAAUGUGCCAGUCAAAACCUUGUAGAGAUAAUCAAUUUGACUGUGGAAAAGAUAAAUUAUGUAUACCAUUAAAAUUAUAUUGCAAUGGGAACAACGACUGCGAAGAUGGUAUCGACGAAGCUACUUGUGAUUACCCACAACUUAACGGGUGUCCAGUCGGUUUAUUUGUUCGUAUAUACGAACAAGAAUAUUACAAAGAAACCUGGUGGACAGAGCCAACUCCCUCCAGUGUAACAACUAUUAAGGCAAGGAAACAAUCACACACGCCAGGACAAGGAUUUGCGGUCAUAAAUGAGAAACCAACGGUAUACACUGUUCGGUACUGGGUACAAGAUGUAUACCUAAACGAAGCGGAAUGUCUAUUCAAUAUAACUCUCAUUCCUGCCUACCAUGGCUGUUUUAAAGAUUACACCUUGACUUCAGAUGUUCCAAGUUACACUAAUUUGACAAUAGAUUGGUGUGUACAGCAAUGUUACGAAUUACAAUAUCCGUACGCUGGAUUGCAGCACGGUGUUUAUUGUCGGUGUAUGAAUGAAUAUUUGGAGAAACAUCGAAGAUCCGAAUAUGAUUGCUUUUCGGUUUGUAGUGGUAACUCACGAGAACAAUGUGGCGGUAAAAGGCGAAAGUCCAUCUAUACCACAGUUUACCCACACCUUGACGGAUGUCCAGACGACUUAACUGUCGAUACUAACCAAGGAGAAAAUUACACAGAAGUCUGGUGGGCAGAGCCAAAUCUGUCCAGUUAUACAACUAUUAAAAUAAGGGAACAAUCACACUCGCCAGGACAUAGAUUUGAAGUCAACGAUGGGAAACCAACAGUUUAUACUGUGCGAUACUGGGUUCAAGAUGUUUACCUAAAAGAUGCACAAUGUCUGUUCAAUAUAACUGUCAUUGAAAGAGUAUGUAAUUCGACGGCAUUUCAGUGUGAUAAUCAGGAUUGCAUUCCAAUUUCAUUGCAAUGUGAUCGUACUCCGGAUUGCUCGGACGAGUCUGAUGAAAAACAUGAAAUAUGCAUGAAAAAACCUUGCAGAGACAAUCAGUUUGAUUGUGGAAAAGGCAAACUUUGCAUACCAUUAGCAUUGUAUUGUAAUGGCAACAACGACUGCGAAGAUGGUACCGACGAAGCUACUUGUGAUUAUCCACAACUUAACGGAUGUCCAGGCGACUUAACUGUUGGUACAAGCCAAGGAAAAAAUUACACGGAAGUCUGGUGGGCAGAGCCAAAUCCGCCCAGUUUAACUACUAUUAAGAAAAAUGAACAAUCACACUCGCCAGGAGAUAGAUUUGAAGUCACAGAUGGAAAACCAACAGUUCAUACUGUGCAAUACUGGGUACAAGAUGUAUACCUAAUGGAAGCACAAUGUCUAUUCAAUAUAACUGUCAUUCCCCGUACCUACCAUGGCUGUUUUAAAGAUACCACCUGGACUUCAGCUGUUCCACAAUACAAUAAUUUGACAAUAGAUUGGUGUAUACAGGAAUGUUACAAAUUCAGAUAUCCGUACGCUGGAUUGCAGGUCGGUUAUUAUUGUCGGUGAAUGAAUGAAUAUUUAGAGAUUAAUCGAAAACCCGAACAUGAAUGCAAUUCGGGUUGUAGUGGUAACUAUCGAGAAAUAUGUGGCGGUGAUUGGCUAAAGUCCAUCUACACCACAGGUAGGUCAAUCCAAUCAAAAUCAUUGCCAUGAAUAACUUUAAUAAUCAUCAUGAUACAUGUAUUCAGAGUCAUUCCAAAUUGAAGACGUUAAACAUUAGGGAGCUUUAGAUUUGCGAGACAUAUUAGUACCCUAGAAUGGAUUAACACUUCCG